UAGUAUUUUAAUGCCUCUAGCGGCUAGCACGUCCAGCCUUAGUAUACCAAAGGCACGAAUAUUACAAAUCGUAAGUGGAUGCCGCUUAGCUACGGAUCAAGUGCGAUGUCUAGGUUAAGAUUGCACCUCUAGAAUGGGUGCCGUUUCUUGGCGCAAGCUAGAGGUUCCUAAUAAAUCAAGCGUCUGAGGUUAGGGGUCGCCGACAUCAACCCUAUUGAUGAAUCUGGCGGUAACUCGAAGACGAAUACACUCCACCUUCUAUAUCCUUUAUAACCUCACAUUAUACAUAAAAUCAUCCGCUACAGAAAUUUCACCCUUAGUACCAUCCACGAAUUGCAAAUUGUAUAUUUUCAGUUAUUUAUAGCUGUAUCUAUGUACAAAAAUGAAAAGUCCUGCAAGAGCAAAGGAAACAGUUCCUUCUUUCAGUAACCGAUCCACUAGCUUUUGUUUGAUCUGCGUGACAUUCUCAACCAAUAGAUAUUCUUAAAUUUAAGAAUGGAUUGGAAAUAACCAAUCAGACCCACAUUUUUUUCGAGGAAUUUCUUAUCUCUGUACAACACGUGUUGAUGCAAGUUAUUGUUUCGAAUCUUGUGAUUAUUGAGUUAUUACAGUUGAGUUCGGCCUAGGCAAGAAAAGUGUGACAAAACAUGACGAUAUAUUAUACAAAACUAGUAUUAUAUCAAGUAUUAAAUUAGGAAGGAUUUAUUUUAUAUUGCACCAAGUUAGGAAGAUAAGAAAGAUGAUCGUUGGAAACAAAUUGAGUCAGAGGUUGUUAUUGUCAUAUUGUUCAUUUACUUGCAUUUAUUUUCCUGGCAUUUUGAUUCUACUUAAGCUAAAUGAUAACUUAUAUAAUGUGGGAAAAUAUAAAUUUAUUCCAGUACUAUUAAUUCUGCUUUUUGCGGAAGUAAUUAAAUUGAUGUUUCCUAUGUUUCACUCUGAAUCAACACUUAUAACAAAAACUGAAUUAAGAACAUCUUCAAGAUAUAAAAGGACUUGGUCUAAGUAUAUGAAGGAAAUUAUCAAAUUUCUUUUAGCUGGUUUUCUUUUGUCCGUCAUAUAUUACAUUGUAAUUAUACUGUUUGGUGCACCAGUAUUUAUGCGCCAUGAAGAAACUACUAUGCUUACUGCCACUUUGAUUACACUCACGUUUAUUCCUGCAAGUUUCCAUUUAGGAGUGGAUGGUGCAAUAGAAAUAAUAACAGGAGGACAAUUACAGAAAGGCAAUGUUUUAAUUGAUGCUUUGAAGACAAAUAUUCAAGCUACUCUCUUAGGUACAUGGUUAGGUGCUAUUGUGAUUCCAUUAGACUGGGAUCGACCAUGGCAAGCUUGGCCAAUUCCAUGUGUUUUAGGUGCUCUUCUUGGUUAUACAGUUGCACAUUUUAUUACUCUUGUAAAAACACUACCUAUGUUAAGAUUAGGUAAAAAAGUUCAUAGAUAAAUAUCAGUGAUUAUACACUUAGACAAAUAGCUAAAAUUGAACAUUAUAGAAUUGACAAAUUUUAUACAAACAUGUUUGUAACAAAGUGAUCUCUUAUACUAACAUAGUUUUGAACAAAUGACUCAAUUU